AUGGAAGCCGACAAGAUCGAUGCAUUGCUAGGCCAGCCUGCUGGGGUGAACUUCAAUCACUACUCUGGCUAUGUGACUGUGGACCCUACAAAUGGACGGGCAUUCUUCUAUUACUUUGUUGAGUCACCUGAUCACCCUUCUACUAAACCUUUAGUAUUGUGGCUCAAUGGAGGACCUGGUUGCUCUUCGCUUGGAAAUGGCGCAAUGAUGGAACUGGGACCCUUCAGAGUCAACAGCAACCGGAAGACUCUUCGUUCAAAUGACUAUGCCUGGAAUAAAGAGGCGAAUAUCCUCUUCCUUGAAUCGCCGGCGGUUGUGGGAUUUUCUUACUCGAAUACUAUGACUGACUACAGUUUAAGCGGGGAUAAGAGAACUGCUGAAGAUUCAUAUACAUUCCUAGUGAACUGGCUGGAAAGAUUUCCUCAAUACAAGACCAGAGAUUUCUUCAUCACAGGAGAGAGCUAUGCAGGUCACUACAUUCCUCAACUCGCUCAAACCAUCCUUGGAUACAACAAAGUCACCAAUCAAAGAGUCAUCAACCUACGUGGAAUCGCGAUUGGCAAUGGAUGGAUCGAUGAUGAAACUAACAGGAAGGGAUUGUUCGAAUUCAUCUGGACACAUGCACUUACUUCAGAUGAAAUCCAUGAUGGAAUUACCCUGAACUGCAAUUUUUCUUCAGAAGUGAAUACAACUGAAGCAUGCCAUGAGGCUAUUGGACAACUCUGGGAGUCUAUCGGGGAUAUUUUCCUCUACAACAUGUAUGAUCCCUUAUGCACUGCCUCCACAAAGCCCCACCCUGUAAGUGAUGUGGGGUUCGAUCCUUGCUCAAGUGAGUACAUCGGUUCCUACCUGAAUCUCCCUCAAGUGCAGAAGUCGCUCCACGCAAAUGUCACUGGGCUUCCACAUCCAUGGAUAUCCUGCAGCUCUAAAAUUCAUAGUCUGUGGACAGACUGGUCAACUACGGUGCUGCCAAUCAUUCAAGAGCUGAUGGCCAGUGAUUUUAGAGUGUGGAUUUACAGUGGGGACAUUGAUGGAGCAGUACCGGUGACGGCCGCUCGCUACUCAAUAAACAAGCUGAAUACGUCGGUACAGACUGCUUGGUAUCCUUGGUACACCCAAGGGGAGGUUGGUGGGUAUGCCGUUGGAUAUCAGCAGUUGAUGUUCAUAACCAUAAGGGGUGCUGGGCAUUUUGUUCCAAGUUAUCAGCCAGCAAGGGCACUUACUCUCUUCUCAUCCUUUCUACAAGGGAACCAUCCAACCAUGGCGUCUGUUACAUUCCUUGUCUCGGUCAUCAUCGUCGCAUGCCAUCUCAUCCUUGGCGGUAGCACUUACGCCAAGAGAGAUUUCGACCCGUUACUACAUUAUGUGAGAACGAAACAUACCCAGGUUGGUGCACCCCCUGCAUCGUCCUUGGCUAGUUUCCAAUCGGAUGGAAGGACAUUGUAUUCUCCCGUGUAUGUGGGUGGUCAAGAUGGGAUGAUGGAAGCUGACAAGAUCGAUGCAUUGCCAGGCCAGCCUGCUGGGGUGAACUUCAAUCAGUACUCUGGCUAUGUGACUGUGGACCCUACAAAAGGACGGGCACUCUUCUAUUACUUUGUUGAAUCACCUGAUCACCCUUCUACUAAACCUUUAGUAUUGUGGCUCAAUGGAGGACCUGGUUGCUCUUCGCUUGGAGGUGGCGCAAUGAUGGAACUGGGACCCUUCAGAGUCAACAGCGACGGGAAGACUCUUCAGGCAAAUGACUAUGCAUGGAAUAAAGAGGCGAAUAUCCUCUUCCUUGAAUCACCGGCGGGUGUGGGGUUUUCUUACUCAAAUACUACAGCUGACUACCAUUUAAGCGGGGAUCAGAGAACAGCUGAAGAUUCAUACACAUUCCUAGUGAACUGGCUGGAAAGAUUUCCUCAAUACAAGACCAGAGAUUUCUUCAUUACAGGAGAGAGCUAUGCAGGCCACUACAUUCCUCAACUCGCUCAAACCAUCCUUGGAUACAACAAGGUCACCAAUCAAACGGUCAUCAACCUACGUGGAAUCGCGAUUGGCAACGGAUGGAUCGACGAUGAAAAUAACAUGAAGGGAAUGUUCGAUUUUUUCUGGACGCACGCUCUCACUUCCGAUGAAAUCCAUGAUGGAAUUACCCAAAACUGCAAUUUUUCUUCGGAGGCGAAUACGACAGAAGCAUGCAGUAAGGCUGUCAAACAACUCUGGGCAGCUUUUGGGCACAUUGACAUCUACAACAUCUAUGCUCCCUUUUGCACUAACUCCUCAAGCCCCCGCCCUGUAAGUGAUGUGGAUCAGUUCGAUCCUUGCUCAAGUGAGUACAUUGGAGCUUAUCUGAAUCUCCCUGAAGUGCAGAAAUCUCUCCACGCAAAUGUCACCGGGCUUCCAUAUCCAUGGACAGACUGCAGCUCCGUUAUUGAUAUGUGGAUAGACUGGCAAACUACGCUACUGCCGACCAUUCAAGAGCUGAUGGCCAGUGAUUUAAGAGUGUGGAUUUACAGUGGAGACAUUGAUGGAAUUGUACCCGUGACAGCCACUCGCUACGCAAUAAACAAUCUCAAUACAUCGGUACAGACUCCUUGGUAUCCUUGGUACACCCAAGAGGAGGUUGGCGGGUACGUCGUCGAAUAUCAGCAGUUGACGUUCGUGACCAUAAGGGGUUCUGGCCAUUUUGUUCCAAGUUAUCAGCCAGCAAGGGCACUGACUAUGUUCUCAUCCUUUCUACAAGGGAAGCUUCCACCUAGAAACUAG